AAAGGCUCAGAGCUUCUCACCACAGGUCUACAUGGUCGUGGGCUGGGUGAAUGAGUUCACCCGCUGGACGCCUGAAGACUUCUGUGGAAUCAGACGCAUCUCUGUUCCCAAAGACAAGCUAUGGAUGCCUGACCUGACCAUCACAGAAAACAUAGAGACGGAAGCGGCCAUGAAAGAGAGCCCCUAUGCCCAGCUGCUGCCGGGGGGCGUGGUGUACACCACUGACAGCUACCGCAUGACCACCUCCUGCAGGAUGGACCUCUAUAAGUUCCCCUUCGACACCCAGCGAUGCACCAUCACACUCAUAUCAUUCAUCUACCCCAUUGAGGAGCUGAGGCUGAUGUCGUCCUACAACGCCUCCACGGUGACGGAGAACUCCCGCAAGAUGUUCCAGUCCAUGGGGGAGUGGGAGCUGAUCAACGUGGACAUCAGCAGAGUCAACCUCACCAUAGGGGUCUUCGUCUGGGAUCGGCUCAUCUACACGGUCAGCAUGGGCAGGAAGCCCCUCCUCUACGUGGUGAACUUCCUGCUCCCCGUGCUCUACUUCCUGCUGCUGGACCUGGCCUCCUUCUUCAUCAGCGAGCGCGGCGGCGAGAAGCUCAGCUUCAAGGUCACCGUGCUGCUGGCCAUCUCCGUGCUGCUGCUCAUCCUACACGACAUGCUGCCCUCCACCGACCAGCACAUCCCCCUGAUUGGGAUCUAUUGUUUGGGGAUCUUCUCGUUUGUGGCGCUGAGUCUGCUGGAGACCAUCUUUGUCAGUUUCCUCCUGAGGACGGGAUCUCGGAGGGCCAGGACAGCCACGAACCCUGCUAUGACCCCAGCUUUGACCCCAGUAGUGACCUCCGCCCCAGAAGGGUCACCUGACAGCGAGCAAGGAGUGGACAUGGCCAAAGACACCUGGACUUGUGGACCGGAGGGUGUGUGUGUGAACAGGCUGGCGGAGGGUGUGUGUGUGGCCAGACUGGCCAGGGUCAUCGAUGUCAUCUACUUCCUGUCCUACCUCGUCAGCGUCACCAUUUUCCUGCUGUUGACGACACUCAACUGGUUCUACUAGCGCUGAGUGAAUGUGAAGCAUACUACGUAAAGUGCUUUGAGUGCUCGAAGGAGUGGAAAGGCCCUAUAUGAAUGCAGUCGAUUUACCAUUUUCACAGUGCUCUCCUCCCCAUUUCUAAGAAUGCAUUCAAAUUUAGGCCCAAUGUUCCAUGCCAGGGAGAAGGGCAUGUUCUCUCAGUUUACUCUGAAAUGUGGGAACAUGGGGAUGUGGAACAUAGGGCCUAUAUUUGAAUAAUUUCUUUAAAAUGUGGGAACAUGCAGCAGCACGAAUAAGCUGUAGGGACCAAUGGCUUGUAGGACCAAUGGGCUGUGGGACCAAUGGGCUGUGGAAACAUAGAGCUGACCCCCUCCAGCAGCUGCUGUGCUUAGGCUUGAUGACUGACUGGCAACUCACCCAGCUAAUUGGGGCCUUCUUUAUCUAAAAAAAAAACCUAGUACGCUGAAAUACUUUUAAUUUGCUUUUGUGUUUUCAUUUAUUUUGUUUGCUGUGUUUCUUUUUUUCUAGUGUUUUCAUUUUGUUUAACAAUUUAUUUGUUUAGGGGGAUAGCCCCUUGAGAUAAGAUACCUCGUUUUCGAGGGGGUGUUUGCAGUGGUUAAUUUUGGUUUCCAGUCCUUUUGUUAUAUUUGUUAUAUUUCAUUGUUUCCUCAGCGUAUCUGUGUUUUGUUGUAAGGAACCUCCACCAGGGUGCAGGGCUGGCCCAAAACUGGGACAGGAUGCGAGGCUGUUAAAUUGUACAGAUAAACAGUGCAUUGACCUGGGACAACCUCCAACUUCUCGUUUGGUUUCAUACAAAUUGCG